AAUCGCCAUACAUUGAAUGUCGUACACAGUGUGUAUCCUUCGUUAGAAUAGAGGUUAUGUUUAUCUCGCCCCUACUGUGAUUUAGUUACAUAUCGAAUAUUUUCAAGUUUAAAUUUACCUUAUUUCAGUUUUACAUUUUUCACAAGAAAAAGGAAAAGUGUAAAUUUAAAACGAAUGUAUUACUAUUUGUAAUUACAAAAUGAUUUGUCGAAAACUUUACCCCGCAUUCAAAUUAAAGAAUGCAGUAGGUUAUGUCAACGAAGUGAAUCAACUUAUUUGCAAAACACAACCUCUCGUUUUUUAUUGCUGUGGUGCAGCCAAGAAUGGGUACUCUCAGCUCAGAUUACAACCUCCAGUGGCCAAAUUCUGUACACAAGAGCUCCCUAAGAAUUCCGAUGUUUUUGGAGAUAUCUCAGGCAGGAAGUUUGAGCAUGUCGAAAUGAGUGAGCUUGAGCAGGAAGAAGAAAACUUUCGAGAUAGUGAGGGUUGUAUUCCACGUAGACUGAAACCUAGUAUAGGCCGGUAUGGACAAAUGAUUAAGUCGCAUUUAUCCAAGAAAGAUAUAGAUUCUGCUCUGAAAGUGCUCGACAUGGUGAAAGAGAAUCGAGACAAACCCACCAUGUACAUGUAUAAUCUUCUGAUCCGAGCUCUCUCUAUUCAGGGUAACAUAAAGAAGUGCUUUAGUUUAUAUAAUAAGGCAAAGAAGCGUAGUUUGCAGCCAAACGCAGCUACUUACACCGCCUUGUUCAAUGCGUGUGCCAUGUCGGACAACAAGAAGUUGGCUUUGGAGCACUUAAACAAUCUACGACAAUCAUUGUAUGAACAGCAGUUUCCACUGAAUCAAACACAUUACAACGUGAUGGUGAAAGGGUACGGCUGGCAUAAUCAGGUCGGCGAGGCGUUUCAAUUGGUAGAUGAGAUGAUGGACAAUCGUAUUCCUAUAGGAGAAAGCACUUUCAACUCGCUGUUCCAUGCUGCAAUUGCCGAUAAGGAGAAUGGUCUGCGACACGCUUUGACGACGUGGCACGUAAUGUGUCACUGGAAGGUAAAACGCUCUUUGUGUACGUACAAUCUCCUUCUAAGGACAAUAAGAGAUAGCAAACUGGGAGAUGUGAAAAUUAAUGAUGUCCUACUCCCUGGAUAUGAGUCAACUAGGAUUUUGUUGAAGGAAGGUGAGAUGCCAGAUUUGUUGGCGUCACCACCUUUUAUAAGCACAUUAUUGCCAUUAAUACAGACAAAGCAGAGCAAUGUUACACAGCACUCCCUUAUUAAAACAAAUGAGCAGAAUCUUCCAGAGGAAGCACCGAUAAACUUGAACAAUGUGUUAACGAGCAAUCGUCUACUUUUAUUCGGUGGUAUUGAUGGGCUUCUAAGUCGAAUGGCCGCCGACAAUGUUAAACCAGAUGCCAAAACCAUUACGAUGUUGUUGGAUUUAAUUCCGAACACAGUGUCCGCUGAAAAUCUUCUUCUCAAAACUGUAGAUAAGAAUAACAUCCAGUUGGAUAUUGAUUUUUAUAACAUGCUUAUCAAGAGGCGCAGCAUGCGGCGUGAAUACAGAGCUGCAAAGGAGGUGAUACAAAUAACAGAGAAGAAAUCACUAGCUCCCAAUGUGAUGACAUUUGGAGUUCUGGCACUUGGUUGUCAAGAAUAUAACGAUGCCAGAGAGUUCCUGGCAGGUAUAGAGGCUUUCGGUUAUAAACCCAAUGUUGUAAUCAUGGGUACUCUUAUUAGAACGGCCUGUUUUAAUAAAAAUUUAGGAUAUGUCUUAUUUAUGAUGGAAUACAUGAAGGAGAAUAGAAUAAAACCUAAUACAAAAAUUAUCCAAAUGCUCGUGGAAUUCUCAAACAAUAUGCAAAAAUUACGGAAACCUAAGGGUAAAGGUAAAAUGCGGAGAUUGAGGAACUUUGAGAAAAAUAUCUAUAAAUUUGAAGAAACAUUAUCUAAAUGGCAAGAGAAAAAUGAAAAUAAUUUGUAGCAUAAUAAAAUAUUAUUUCCGCAACAGAUAUAAUUUAUUUGAAAAAAAUUAUGUAUUUUUUAAGAACUUUAUCUUGCCAGGUAUUAGUUAAAUGAUCUUUAAAAUCACAUUUUGUAGCGAAAUUUGUAUAUUUUUAUGUAAUUUAAAAAAGGAGAAAAAU